AUGGUACAUAAACAUGCCUUUGAAACACUGGAUAGAACAUUCAAGGAUAUGAUGAGCAAUCCAAUCAAGAUAUUUGGAGGAAAAACUAUAGUCCUGGGUGGAGAUUUUAGGCAGAUCUUACCGACUACUCCCGAAGGAACCAGGAAAAUGACUGUUGAUGCAUCCAUUAAUAGAUCGAAGUUGUGGAGAUAUUUUCGAAUCUUCAGCCUUGUUACCCAUCUGAAAGACCCAACCUGGAUCAAAAUACCAGAUGAGUACCUCAUUGUACCAGAUGGGUAUUCUGUGAAACAAAUUGUGUCCAUCAUAUAUUCAGGCAUUCUAGACAGAUACGGAGAUGCAGAGUACUUAAGUGAAAGAUGUAUAUUGGCACCAAACAACGAGACUGUCUAUGAAAUUAAUCACUACAUUGUUUCAACUUACCCAGGAGAAACACAUCAUUUGUUUAGUUCAGAUAGCAUUACCUCGAUGACAGGAUCCAUUCAACGACAAUAA